CGGCCGGUGCGGGCGGCGGCUGCAGUUGUCACCGGCAGCAGCACCGGCAGGGUCCGAGGGGGGGAAGGGGUGCGCUCCGUUCCCGGGACCGUCACCUCCCGCCGGCCUCCUGACGGAGCCCUCUCCCCUGCCUCCACCUCCUCCCGCCCGCCGCCAUGACCACCACCACCACCUUCUCGGGCAUGGACCCCAGCGGCAGGAACAGCUCCAGAGUGCUGCGUCCUCCUGGUGGCGGGUCCAACUUUUCCCUGGGUUUUGACGAACCAAAAGAACAACCUGUGCGAAGGAACAAAAUGGCAUCCAGCAUCUUUGGAACUCCUGAAGAAAAUCCACCUUCUUGGGCUAAAUCAUCGGGGACUAAGCCAGGUGAAAUCAGAGAAGACAGUGAAUCAUCUGGACCACAAAGAAGAAACUCAACUGAUGCUAACUAUGGAGACUUUGUAGAUCCAAAGGGAGGAGAUGGUGGUGGUGAAACUUCUGAAAACACUGAGGCUGAUGUAGAAGCUGCCCCAGGUCAGAAUGAAGAAAAAUCCCUGCCUGCUGCACCUGUUCCUAGCCCAGUAGCACCAGCACCUGCACCGUCCAGGAGAAAUCCACCUGGUGGCAAGUCCAGCCUAGUCCUUGGUUAAACCUUUCCUUUCCUGACUGUUUUGAACUCGUGUCUGUUUCUUUUCCCCCAUGCUUGUGAACUGCACAACUUGAGCCUGACUGUACAUCUCGAAUUUCUUUCAUUAAAAAGAAGCACUUUAUGUACUCCA